AUGGGGGAGGAGAAGUCGUAUCUAUAUCUCAUAAGGGUACCCUGCUCGUCAGCCAAUAUCGGCCCCGGCUUCGAUGUCAUCGGACUCGCCUUGUCCAUGUACCUCGAACUGCGCGUCACCAUCGCCCAGCCGCUGUCUUCACAAUCAGCAGCACUCCCAUUGGUGUCUAAAAGUCUGGCCAACUCGUCAUCCUCCUCGCUAAACUGCACCAUCACCUAUACCGGCGUCUCGCCUGAGUCGAUUGAACUAGAUGCUGCUUCUAACCUCCUGACCCGCUCCGCCCUCUACCUCCUCCGCUGCCACGGCCACCACAGCUUUCCCCACCCCACCAAAGUCCACAUCCACAAUCCUAUUCCUUUAGGUCGAGGCCUUGGCUCCUCCGGCGCCGCAGUCGUAGCCGGGAUCCUGCUCGGCAAUCUGGCCCUCUCCUCCCAUUCCCCCUCGCUCUCCCUCUCCAAAGCGCGCCUCCUAGACUACUGCCUCAUGAUCGAGCGACACCCAGACAACGUCGCCGCAGCCCUCUACGGCGGGUUCGUCGGGACCUAUCUCAACGAACUCGAUCCUGUCGACAUGGCGAGGAAGGAAAUCCCGUUAUCAGAGGUCUUGCCCGCGCCGGCGGGGGGGCUGGAUACGGGGCUGAAGCCUCCGGAGCCGCCUUGCGGGAUCGGGCAUUUCAGGAGGUUCAAGUGGGCGAAGGAGAUCAAGGCAGUGGCAGUAAUCCCGGAUUUUGAGGUCUCGACAGCCAAGGCGAGGGAGUGCUUGCCCACGCUCUAUUCGAGGCAAGAUAUGAUCUUCAACCUUCAACGGCUAGCCCUCCUCACUACCGCGCUGUCCGACUCCCCUCCUGACCCCAGUCUGAUAUACGAAGCCAUGCGCGACAAGGUUCACCAACCCUACCGCUCAACCUUGGUUCCAGGCCUCACACAGAUCCUCGAGUGCGUCACACCAGCGACGCAUGAAGGCUUACUGGGCAUCUGUCUUUCAGGGGCGGGCCCUACGAUAUUAGCCUUGGCGACGGGGAAUUUUGAGGGCAUUGCUGAGGCGGUGAUGGACAGGUUCAAGAGGGAAGGUGAGGGGAUCCAAUGUCGCUGGAGUGUGUUGGAACCGGCGGAAGAGGGAGCGACGGUGGAGGCGGUGCAGGGGUGGGAGCAUUUAUGA